AUGGCCGAGGAGACCCGGGUCAUCUACCACCUGGAGGACCAGGAAACCCCCUACCUGAUCCGGAUCGGCGUGCCCGCGCAGCGCGUCACCCUGGCCGACUUCAAGAACGUGCUCAACAAAACGCACGUGAGGUUUUUCUUCAAGUCCGUGGACGAAGACUGCGGGGUGGUGAAAGAGGAGAUCAGUGAUGAUAACACAACGCUGCCGAGUGUGAACGGACGAGUGGUUUGUUGGGUGGUGUCAUGUGAUUCCUGUCAGUCAGACUUCAAAGGGUCAGAUCUCCUGUCUUUGGCCACACCCACUAGCAUAGCCCCGCCCCCGACGGUGCGAACCGGUGGGAUCGGCGAAUCCAGACCGCCGUCGUUCCACGCUGCUGUCAGUCCAGAGGUUCAGACUGCAGGUCUGCACAGAGAGCGGGGCGAACAAGACCGGCGUCUGAAUGGACACGUCCACCACCCGGCGGCCGGCGAGGGGGCGGAGCCUCCGGGCGUCAGUGACAGCUCGUCGGCUCGGCAGAGCAGCCAGUUGGAAAUCAGCAGCCUGUGCUCGUCUGAGGAAGACUCCGGAGGAAGCAGGUUAAGCCAGUCGACAGAGCAGAGCGGCUCCUCGCCAAGACUCAUCAGGCGACAGCGCCGUCGCCACCGGAAACCAAAAACACAACAGAUGGAGAAGUCUGUCUCUUUCAGCAGCGUCACCGACUCUACCAUGUCUCUCAACAUUGUCACUGUGAGCCUCAACAUGGAAAGAUUCGAUUUCCUGGGCAUCAGUAUCGUCGGUCAGAGCAACGAGCGAGGAGAUGGAGGCGUCUACGUCGGCUCCAUCAUGAAGGGCGGAGCGGUGGCAGCAGACGGGCGCAUCGAGCCCGGAGACAUGCUGCUGCAGGUCAACGACGUUAACUUUGAAAAUAUGAGCAACGAUGAUGCGGUUCAGGUUCUACGAGAGAUCGUCCACAAACCAAGUCCAGUGACGUUAACAGUCGCGAAGUGUUGGGACCCAAACCCGCAGGGCUGCUUCAGACUACCAAGGAGUGAGCCGGUCCGUCCCAUCGACCCCGCUGCCUGGGUGUCCCACACGGCCGCCAUGACAGGAAGACUCCUCCCACACUACGGGGUGCACGGGGAAAACCAGCUCACUAUCCACAGUGACAUGAUGCUGGUUGUCAAGGCGAUGAGCAACCCAGAGUCAGGUGUGGAAGUUCGAGACCGGAUGUGGUUGAAGAUCACCAUCCCAAAUGCUUUCAUAGGCUCCGACGUGGUGGACUGGCUCCACCGAAACGUGGAGGGCUUCAGCGACCGCCGAGAAGCGCGCAAGUAUGCCGGCAACUUGCUGAAGGACGGACUGAUCAGACACACCAUCAACAAGGUCACCUUCUCCGAGCAGUGCUACUACGUGUUUGGACACCUGUGUGCAGAUCAUGAUGGAGUCUUCAGCCCAGGAUCGGACUGUGAUCCCCCGGCCUUCCCAGACCCGGGCCCCUACAGCUCCUCCUGGAGGGGCGGAGGUGGAGCUGCAAGGAGCCCACACAGCGACGAGAGCUGCAGCAGUGGCUCAAACUGUCAUGAUCAGCAGAAGGAAGGAGCAGCAGCUGGGGGGUCAAGUGGAGGAGUACCAGGGGUCAUCCAUCAGGAUGUCGGUGCUUCAGCUGACCUCCACCAGGGGGCAGCAGAGUCUCUGCCUUCCUCUCUCUCUGGUGUCCAUGGUAACAGUGACCAGACUCGCCACGGCCCCUGUGUGUGGCCAUCGGAAACCCCGGUGAUGUCUUUGUAGAUGUGAUGAUGUCACACCUAGGUUGAUGAUGUCACACCUGAGAGUGAUGAUGUCACCCCUGGGAGUGAUGAUGUCACCACACCUUGGGGCACAGAGACUGCAGGACCGCCUCCCCCUGCUGAAACACGGGUCCAGCGUUGUGUAGCAUUUACCGUUGAUCACAUGUGAAAGUGAACACGUUCACAGCCGUAUUUAUUUCUGUUCCUGUCUGUAUGUCUGUUUCUGUGCUGGCU